AGUGCGCGAGGCUGCGCUAAAAGGCGAUAAACAAGCACCAAUGUAUGCAUUUUAUAGGCUGCUAGGAGAGAAACCAUGCGACCGCGCCAGCGAAGCUUGUGCGUAAACAGGACUUUAAGGCCGGGUCUGUAAUGCGCCGCCCCGGUUGUGCGCUCAGCAGCAACGCAUAGCGCGUCAAAGAAAUCUGAUUUCUCAGGGCGACUUGUGUUUACACAGGAGCCGUCCAAAGCCACGUUUUAGCAAGCAAGCUUGGCUGGGACAGCACAGUGCACGACUGUUCAGCGUUUGACCCGCUGCCCAUGCAAACAGUGGCGGAACAGAGCAGGCAGGGAAGCCACAAAUACAUGACCGUACAAGUGAAUUUGUUUGAAAUCCUGGAAGGAAAGCUGUGUCCAUCGGGGAGUUUUUUUUUUUGAGAGAGAGAUCUGGUUAACAUGGAGCGCUGCAGUUGAUCGACAGGGCGAGCACAUGUUGUGCAUGUAGCUGCGUUGGAUGAACUUUCACUAUGGAUGUGGACAUGGAAACUGUUUCAAACUGAGCCCAACUGCGCCCGGCCUUGGUCGCAGGGAAGGCUGCGACGGCAUCAUUUUCGAAAGUGAUCUUUAGUCCCACAUCGCUGUCAACGAGCUUCGGCCCAGAGUCUGCUGGGUCGACAUGGAGAGUCGGGAUGAGAGGGAGCACAGUCCUCCGAAGUCAGACCGAAGGUUCGCCCUGACUUACAUCGGCUGGUCCUCGCUGGACAGGCGGACCACCCUGCCCAUGCUGCCGUGGCUGGUGGCGGAGAUCCGCAGGCGUGGUGAGAGGGGCGACUGCGGCCCCGUGGUGCAGCCGAGAGAAGUUCAGCUGGUCCUCAACCCCCCCUUCGUCCGAUGCGUCCCCUCCAGCAGCACCAACUCCUCAGUCUUUAUAUUCGAGCACAAAGCACAGCUCAUCUCUCGCUUCAUCCACAACAGCAAUGACCUCACCUAUUUUGCCUAUCUCCUGCGGGGCCAGCCCGACAACCCUGAGUCCGAGAUGUCCUGUCACGUCUUUAAGGCCGGCGAGCCCAACCAGGUCCCCGAGGUGAUCAGCAGCAUUCGCCAAGUGUCCAAAUCAGCCCUGAAGGAAGACGCCAAGCCCAAACAGGAAGCUGACGAGGCCUUCUACAACUCCCAGAAGUUUGAAGUGCUUUACUGUGGCAAGGUGACCGUUCUGCACAAAAAGGCUCCGUCCACCCUCAUCGACGACUGCAUCGAUAAGUUUCGUCAGCACGAGGUCGAGCGCAAGCGCCUGCGGCUGCUCAACGGUCAGCGGGGGUCCACGGAGAGCGCCCCUGUGGAGUUCUUCAUGGGGGGAGACGGAGACCCACUUUCCUCCGUUCUGGAUGAGAGUACAGAAGACCCCAAGAGCCCCGCAGCGGAGGACACGAUUGGGGGUGGAGGUAAAGGCCUGUGUAGCAGCUCCAGUCAGAGCAGCCUUCGAGGAGCUUUCCCCGAGUGCAUCCUGGAGGAUUCUGGGUUUGAGGAGCCUCAGGAGUUCCGGACGCGCUGCAGCAGCCUGGCAGGGAGUCUGCAGAGGAAGCCGGGGGAAGGCGUCAUCAUGGGCCCCACGCGCCGAAGACACUCCAGCGCGCCAAAUCAUGUUCAGCCGUCUGAUGCAGACAAGAACCGCACCAUGCUCUUCCAGGUCGGGCGUUUUGAAGUGAACCUCAUAAGUCCAGACAGUAAAACAGUGGUGCUGGAGAAGAACUUCAAAGAUAUUUCAUCCUGCUGUCAGGGAAUCAAGCAGUCCGACCAUUUUGGAUUCAUCUGUCGGGACCAGUCAGAGUCUGGUCCCAGUCAGUAUGUGUGCUACGUUUUCCAGUGUGCCAAUGAGUCUCUGGUGGAUGAGGUGAUGCUGACUCUGAAGCAGGCCUUCACCACCGCAGCAGCCUUACAGAGCAACAAGACCCAGAUCCAGCUAUGUGAAGCUUGCCCCAUGCACGACCUGCACAAGCUCUGCGAGCGGAUUGAGGGUCUCUACCCACCCAGAGCAAAGCUAGCCAUCCAAAAAUAUCUCUCCCAGCUGACUGACAAUGAGCAGGCUGAGAUUUUUGAGCGAGUUCAGAGACUGAAGCCCGGGUCAGACCAGGAGGAGAAUGAGCUGGUGAUUCUCCAUCUGAGACAGCUCUGUGAAACCAAACAAAAGUCCCACCUCCACAUCGGAGAGGCCCCUCAGAACGCUGGAAACAGCUCAUCAGCAGGCGAUGGCACAGCCACCAGCAGCCGCUUCAAACUUGAUAUUCUCAAGAACAAAGCACGCACCUCCCUCACCAGCUCCCUGGAGAACAUCCUUGCAAGGGGUGCCAGCCGGAUGCGGGGCCGCCUGGGAAGCAUGGGAAGCAUGAGCAGCUUCGAAAGGCAAGAUGAGGAAUCUCCCGGUCACUCCCCUCCUGGUUCGCCUCCUGCUUUCCCUGACGACGACCCGGAAACCGGCGUGCAGUUCCGUCGGCGUGCCCACACCUUCAGCCAUCCACCUGUGAAGAAACGCAUCUCCUUCGAGGGACAGCCGUCCGGCCAGGGCAAGCAGCCUCCACUGCGCAGACAACAGUCGGUUAAUGCAGAGCUGCUGCAGAGCAGUCCCGUGGCUGUAUCGAGAACGCGCAGCGUUUCGGAGAGUGAGUCCUCCUUCAGCCUCCCCUCCUCCUUCUCCGCUCCCACUUUCCUGAAAAGCAUUUACCAGGGCUCACUGGGCUCCCUGAGCUCCCUGGCAGACAGUGGGAGCCUCAAGAGCAAUGGAGAAGGCAGGAAGAGGACCCUGUCUGGCUGCAGCAGUGACUCAGUGAGUGGAGGUCUCCCCCCGACCCCACGCAGGGUCUCCUGGAGACAGAAGAUCUUCCUGAGGGUCGCAUCACCCAUGAACAAGCCGUCUGCAUCCAUGCAGCAUCCAGAUCACUCUGAUGGCAGGGAGCUGUUGCCUCUGUCUCCUCGCGCCUUCGACUCAAAUCUGGAUCCCUCGGGGCACCUGCUGCCACCGGGGGAGAGGCCUAAGAGGACGGGGGCCGACUACCGGGCCCUCUGGAAGACUGCCAUCCACCAGCAGAUACUGCUGCUGCGCAUGGAAAAGGAGAACCAGAGGCUGGAGGAAGCGAGCAGAGAUGAGCUGCACAUCCGUAAGAUGAAGCUGAACUACCAGGAAGUGGGCCAGUGCUCCAAAGAUGCGCAGGCAUUGUGGGAGAGAAAACUGACAGCCCCAGGCAGAAUGACAGUCCCGCAAGACAAGGAGGAGAUGUAUCGUGCACUCUGCCAAGGUGUUCCCAAGAGCAGGCGCGGGGACGUCUGGUUGCUCCUUUCCCAUCAGCACCGGCUGCGUCACAGGCUGCCCCAACGUCAGCACGCCCCGGACACCCCCUACCAUGACCUCCUCAAGCAACUCACCGCACAGCAGCAUGCCAUUCUGGUGGAUCUAGGCCGGACCUUCCCCACCCACCAGUAUUUCUCAGCUCAGCUGGGCGCAGGGCAGCUUUCUCUAUACAACCUCCUGAAAGCCUAUUCUCUGCUGGACACAGAGGUCGGCUACUGCCAGGGCAUCAGCUUCGUGGCUGGAGUGCUGCUGCUGCACAUGAGUGAAGAACAGGCCUUUGACAUGCUGAAGUUCCUCAUGUAUGACCUGGGCAUCAGGCAGCAGUACAGACCUGACAUGGUCUCUCUGCAGAUUCAGAUGUACCAGCUCUCCAGACUGUUACACGACUACCACCGCGAGUUGUACAAUCACUUCGAGGAGCACGAGAUCUGCCCGAGCCUCUACGCAGCGCCGUGGUUCCUCACUCUCUUCGCCUCACAGUUCCCUCUCAGCUUCGUGUCCCGCAUCUUUGAUUUUGUAUUUGUCCAAGGGACCGGAGUGAUUUUUAAAGUGGCCCUCUGUCUGCUGAGCAGCCAUGAGGGGGAGAUAGUGGAGUGUGACAGCUUUGAGAGCAUCGUAGACUAUCUGAAGACAACGCUUCCCGCCCUCACUCACACACAGAUGGAGCAGACCAUGGCAAAGGUAAUGGAGAUGGACAUCUCCAAGCAGCUGCAUGCAUACGAGGUGGAGUACCAUGUCCUGCAGGAUGAGAUGUUAGAUGUCGGGCCGCUGCCCGAUGACUCCGACCGGCUCGACAAACUAGAAAAGACGAAUGUGCAGCUGAAGAAACAGAACAUGGACCUGCUGGAAAAACUUCAGGCUGCACGACAGAAGAUUCAGACGCUGGAGACGAGCGUAGAGAACUUCCUUUCUCGGGAGAGCAAAAUGAAGCACAUGAUUCGCUCUCUGGAGCAGGAGAGGGCAGCUUACCAGAAGACCAUUGAACGCAUGCGCUCAUGCCUUCCCCCUGACGCCCUGACAGAUGUGGAGAUGACCCAGAUCAAAACAGGACCCAACGGGAAAGCCAAAACUGCAGCCAAGAAGCCCUGAUGGCAACCAGGGGGGCUGGCUGCUCAGGGCAGACGCACAGGCAGGCUCUGAAUUGAACAAAUGGAGGCUGCUGUAGUGGAAGGCUGCUGAGAGCCACAGCUAUUGUUGUACUGCAACACAAGAGUGGCAGCGUUUUGUAAAUGUGUGAUGUCUAGACUCGAGACACGGAGACUGUAUAGGAAGUAUCUACAUGAUAUUUGUCAGCAUAUAAUAGAGGGGUGGGAGGGUGGUUUCAGUUAUAUUAGCAACAGACUGUUCCGUCAGUGCAUCAACGCUGCUGUUCUGUCUCAUCUGUUUCACUGCCAGUUUGAAGGUGAGACCGAGAUGCACAGAAUCCUUCCCUAUUCAGAUCUUUCUUGUAAUCACAGGGGAAUUUUCAAGAUUGACACGAGUGAGAAAUGUGUCUGCCGCUGCAAAUCUUUUUGAGCACUGCCUUGAUGUAUUUACUACCAGUCUCAGUAGCACCACAAAAGCAUUGAACAGAAGGUGCCUGACGGCAAACAAUCCUUUGGACCUCAGGUUCAACUUAUAGCCAUUACCAGUGUGUGUGUGUGUGUGAUCCUGGAGCUGAUACCCCAUUGUUUUUUGUGCAUGUGAUGGAAACUCGGGCCUCAGAGUAGCCACACUGCUUUGUUAUUUCCUUUUAUUCACUUGAAAUUUUUGUGAAUGUACUUUCCCUCCAAAGAUCAUUGCGAUAACAUUCUGUUGUUCACACCAGAAGCACCUGGGUGCACAUCUGCCAUGUUAGGCUUUAGAUUUCAGCAGACAUACAGUAGCUUGUUUCUCAUCUCUCAGCACAGCACCGCUGCCUUCACGUGAGAGAUCUUAAGUAAUUGCACUUGCUGCUUUUAAGGAGGAAGUAUUUCUUCCAAAGCUCAGGCAGGAUGUGAGGUCGUCUGUCUUCUCAGUUUCCUGUGUGACUGACCGCGGAGUCGCCUCGUUUUAGCACCACACUCAGACACUGAAGCAGAGUUCACGCUCCACAGGAGGCACCGAAAAACAGACUAAUGUGGAGGAGUGAUCUGAAUGUACAGCACGUGCUUCUGUUGCAAAACUCUGUGUGACAUUUUUGUUUUUGUCAGCCCAAGAUUUGACAAAUCUAGCAAUAUCCCCGCUUCCUAUAGCUAUUGACGGAUGGACUACAAGCAGCUAGUGUUGUUUGGUGCAAGAUUGCAAAGCAACACAUAUCUGCGCUUGCAUUGCUGUUGGUCACACAGUCAAUUUUAUGUUUGCAGUGUAAGUCAAGUGUGAGUAGAGAGACUGCAAAGGAAAAAAGAGGAACUUGAGGACAAAUCAGUUUCCCUUUGCGUAGGGUCUCUCCUGAUACUGGGUAAAAGAGACAGUAUAUGUACACACACACACACACACUCACAUGCACACAAGCUGUGCAGUGAACUGGCUGACUGCAUGGGCAGACAGUUCAAAUGAGUUGAAAGAGUGUCCCUGGCCUAUGUGUCCUCAGUUUUGUUUUAUCCCACCUCCAUGUCUGACUCACCACUGGCAGUUCUGAUUGAAAGCAAAACAGUCCUGGGCUUGACUUCGCUUUCAUAAAGCACCCUUACAUUAAUAACCAAGGUGAUGUCUGUCAUGAAAAAAGUACUUACUAAACGUGUCUAUCAGUCUUCCUGUCCUUGGUGACAAGUUGUGUUGACACAUUUGUGUCUAUUUCAGUGUAAAGUUUUUAUUCUCAAACUUCAGUCCGAGCUGACAUAUCCUUUCGCAUACAAUGCAUCAUGUUUAUGUUUAGCAAUCCUGUAUAUUUGCAUAUGCCCAGAGCACUUGCCCACUUUUGCUAAGUUACAGGAGCUGCAGCAAUUCACGUGAAGUUUGAUAAGUUGAUAAAUCUGGCCUGGCGUUCCCUGUCAUGGUGACAUGUUCUUGUGGUAAUUGAGGCGACGUUUUAAAGGUUUGCCCCCAACAUCACAUAAAUAAUAGAGAAAUAGGCACCUCUGAACAGCAGGGAUUCACUCAACGGUUCAGAAAGUGAAACAUAUCAAAUCACUCAUUCUGAAAUGUGUCGAAGGAUACGUAGGAUACAGUCCUACACAGCUUUUCUGCCUCUUUCUGCCUCUUUUGCUUAUCUACAGUGUUUGUGCAUCAUAAAUUGAACCGUUGCACCAAAGAUGUGGUUGUUUUUCCAAAAACGAAUGAAUGCAAAAUGAAUGAAUUCAUCCAAAAUGCUGUGAUGUAUUGUAUGUUAUUGUGAUAACUUUAUUGUCACUACACCUCUUCAGAAUUCUUCAGGUUUGUACUAAAACAAAAGCUUGAAAAGAUACCAAAUAUUGGCAGUAAAAACUUGACACACUAAAAAAAAAAGACCAUUGGCAGACUUGUUUACUCACUUGAAUACUCAUCAUAUUCCUUUGUGCCAAAAGUUAAUGAUGGCCUUCUCCAUUAAUCGGAGAUGUGAGACCAUUUUGUCGAUGUCUAAUGUUGAGCACGUCCUCAUGGUCAGCGAAGGGUCUGUAUUUUACAUCAGGUGCUCCGAGUUCUGACUACUAAAUAGUGCUUGUAUCACUGUGUUUUAAGAAAAAACACUUAAUAAUAGAUGGAUUGUUUUUCUGUCAACAUGAGGGCUACAUAAAAGCAAAGGAACUGUCAUGAAUUCUUCAAUAAAUUUCACCUUGCCUUGU